CCCCGGCCGGCCCCCAGUAGGGCCCCCCCAACCCGCGGGAGCUACCCCCCUGAUCAUGGUGCCUCGGCGGCCGCCCGGGCUGAAAGCAGCCGGCUGGAGCCGUUGAGCCCCCCGCGGCGGCCGGGGAGCUGCAUGGGGGAGAGCGGGCCGCGCUCGGGAAGAUGCCCCGGCCGGAGUUGCCCCUGCCGGAGGGCUGGGAGGAGGCGCGCGACUUCGACGGCAAGGUCUACUACAUAGACCACACGAACCGCACCACCAGCUGGAUCGACCCGCGGGACAGGUACACCAAACCACUCACCUUCGCUGACUGCAUCAGUGAUGAGCUGCCGCUAGGGUGGGAAGAGGCGUAUGACCCACAGGUUGGAGACUACUUCAUAGACCACAACACCAAAACCACUCAGAUUGAAGAUCCCCGGGUGCAAUGGCGGCGCGAACAGGAGCACAUGCUGAAGGAUUACCUGGUGGUGGCCCAGGAGGCCCUGAGUGCACAGAAGGAGAUCUACCAGGUGAAGCAGCAGCGUCUGGAGCUGGCGCAGCAGGAGUAUCAGCAGCUGCAUGCCGUCUGGGAGCACAAGCUGGGCUCCCAGAUCAGCUUGGUGUCUGGUUCAUCAUCCAGCUCGAAGUACGACCCCGAGAUCCUGAAAGCUGAAAUUGCCACAGCAAAAUCCCGGGUCAAUAAGCUGAAGAGAGAGAUGGUUCACCUCCAGCAUGAGCUACAGUUCAAAGAGCGUGGCUUCCAGACCCUGAAGAAAAUCGAUAAGAAGAUGUCUGAUGCUCAGGGCUACAAACUGGAUGAAGCUCAGGCUGUCUUGAGGGAAACGAAAGCCAUCAAAAAGGCCAUCACCUGCGGAGAAAAGGAAAAGCAAGAUCUCAUCAAGAGCCUGGCCAUGCUCAAGGACGGCUUCCGCACCGACAGAGGCUCCCACUCGGACCUGUGGUCCAGCAACAGCUCUCUGGAGAGUUCAGGUUUCCCGAUGCCGAAACAGCACCUGGACGUGAGCUCCCAGACGGACAUCUCGGGAAACUUCGGCACCAGUGGCAACAAUCAGCUGGCAGAGAAAGUCAGGUUGCGCCUUCGAUAUGAAGAGGCCAAGAGAAGGAUCGCCAACCUGAAAAUCCAGCUGGCCAAGCUGGACAGUGAGGCCUGGCCAGGGGUUUUGGACUCAGAAAGGGACCGGCUGAUCCUCAUCAAUGAGAAGGAGGAGCUGCUGAAGGAGAUGCGCUUCAUCAGCCCCCGCAAGUGGACCCAGGGUGAGGCGGAGCAGCUGGAGAUGGCCCGGAAGCGGCUGGAGAAGGACCUGCAGGCAGCCCGGGACACCCAGAGCAAGGCGCUGACGGAGAGGUUGAAGUUAAACAGUAAAAGAAACCAGCUGGUCAGAGAACUGGAGGAAGCCACUCGGCAGGUGGCCAGUCUGCACUGCCAGCUAAAAAGCCUGUCAAGCAGCAUGCAGUCCCUGUCCUCAGGCAGCAGCCCCGGCUCUCUCACCUCCAGCCGGGGCUCCUCCACCUCGGCCAGCUUCACAGACCUCUACUAUGAACCCCUCGAGCAGCUGGACCCAGAACUGCAGAGCAAGGUGGAAUUCCUGCUCCUGGACGGGGCCACAGGCUUCCGGCCCUCAGGCUGCAUCACCACCAUCCACGAGGACGAGGUGGCCAAGACGCAGAAGGCUGAGGGAGGCGGCCGCCUGCAGGCCCUGCGCUCCCUGUCUGGCACCCCAAAGUCCAUGAGCUCCCUUUCCCCACGCUCCUCUCUCUCUUCCCCAUCGCCCCCCUGCUCCCCUCUCCUCGCUGACCCCCUCCUGGCUGGAGAUGCCUUCCUGAACUCCUUGGAGUUUGAAGACCCGGAGCUGAGUGCUACUCUGGGCGAACUGAGCCUGGGCAGCAGCCCCCGGGAGCAAUACCGGCUGGAGGAACCAGGAACGGAGGGCAAGCCACUGGGUCAAGCUGUGAGUACAACCCAAGGUUGCGGCCUGAAAGUGGCCUGUGUCUCAGCUGCAGUGUCCGACGAGUCCGUGGCUGGCGACAGUGGUGUGUACGAAGCUUCUGUGCAGAGACUGGGCGCUUCAGAAGCCACUGCAUUUGACAGUGACGAAUCGGAGGCAGUGGGCGCCGCGCGGAUUCAGAUUGCCCUGAAGUAUGAUGAGAAGAAUAAGCAGUUUGCAAUAUUCGUCAUCCAGCUGAGUAACCUCUCUGCUUUGAUGGUGCAGCUAGACCAGAAAGUGAACGUUCGUGUGGUUAUCCUUCCUUGCUCUGAAAGCACCACUUGCCUGUUCCGGACGCCGCCCCUGGAAGCCUCGGACACCCUAGUGUUCAACGAGGUGUUCUGGGUGUCCAUGUCCUACCCGGCCCUACACCAGAAGACCUUAAGAGUCGACGUCUGUACCACAGACAGGAGCCAUCUAGAGGAGUGCCUGGGUGGUGCCCAGAUCAGCCUGGCCGAGGUCUGCCGGUCUGGGGAGAAGUCGACUCGCUGGUACAACCUCCUGAGCUACAAAUACUUGAAGAAGCAGAGUAGGGAGCCCAGGCCACAGGGAGCCAUGGGUCCCAUCCCAGGGCCCGAAAGCAUGGACGCUGUGUCCGCGCUGUUGGAACAGACUGCGGUGGAGCUGGAGAAGAGGCAGGAGGGGCGGAGCAGCAGGCAGAGGCUGGACAGCAGCUGGAAAUACGAGGAGGAGACCAGCGAGAACGAGGCAGCGGCGGAGGAGGAAGAGGAGGGAGAAGAGGACGUCUUCGCUGAGAAAGCCUCCCCAGACAUGGAUGGGUACCCGGCGUUAAAGGUGGACAAAGAGACCAACACUGAAACCCCAGCCCCAUCGCCCACUGUGGUGCGGCCCAAGGACCGGAGGGUGGGCACGCCAUCCCCAGGGCCGUUUCUUCGGGGGAGCACCAUCAUCCGUUCCAAGACCUUCUCCCCUGGACCGCAGAGCCAGUACGUGUGCCGGCUGAAUCGGAGUGACAGUGACAGCUCCACUCUGUCCAAAAAGCCACCUUUUGUUCGAAACUCCCUGGAGCGGCGCAGCGUCCGGAUGAAGCGGCCUUCAUCUGUCAAAUCCCUGCGCACCGAGCGCAUGAUCCGCACCUCGCUGGACCUCGAGCUAGACCUGCAGGCCACGAGGACCUGGCACAGCCAGCUGACUCAGGAGAUCUCGUUGCUGAAGGAGCUCAAGGAGCAGCUUGAACAAGCCAAGAGCCACGGGGAGAAGGAGCUGCCGCCCGGGUUGCGGGAGGACGAGCGCUUCCGCCUGCUGUUGAGGAUGCUGGAGAAGCGGGUGGACCGAGGCGACCACAAGGGCGAGCUGCAGACAGACAAGAUGAUGAGGGCGGCUGCCAAGGACGUACACAGGCUUCGAGGCCAGAGCUGUAAGGAGCCCCCGGAAGUGCAGUCUUUCAGGGAGAAGAUGGCGUUUUUCACGCGGCCCAGGAUGCACAUCCCUCCCCUGUCUGCAGAUGAUGUCUAGUCGCCAGACCAGCAUUUGUUCCGCUGAGCGCGCUGUGAGCACUGACUGUGGCUGAGGUUAUUUAUGUGGUGUUAUAUGAAGGUACUGAGUAGAAGUCCUCCAGCACGCUCACUGGUCUGAAAACCAACGGAUUCUUUUGUAGUUUGGGUUCUACUAUUAUUAUUAUUAAAAAGGAAAAACACACACAAAAAAACCAGCAUUAAAAUGACAAGAUUGUAUAGUUUGUAUAUUUAGGAAUGUAUUUUUGAGAAAGAAAAUUUAAAUGAACUAAAGCAGUGUUACGUCGCUGCUCUUCUUAAUAAAAUUGUUUAGUUUUUUCUUUUUCUUUUUUGUACAGCUCCAUCUUUUAGAAAAUUUACUGCAGUAAGAAAUAGCAUCUAGGGGACGGUCAUCCUCAAAGGACGUCCCACGGAGGUCGCAGCACAGCUAACCUUUCCCGGUCAAUGUAUUUUGUACGAUAUGAAAAAAAUGCACAGACACUGUUGGAGGGGAUUCAGAGGUGCCCCACCCCGAUCUUCAGGAGCUGUGAUGUGUUUUUAUGUGGCCACCUGGCUUGGAGCAGGCAGCACGGGGCUGGCCGAGCAGCCAGGUGCAUGCUGGCGACAGGCCACUCCGGUCUCUGAUGCCCAGUGAUGCCACUGAUGGGAGUGAGGGGAGGGCUAUGGCAAACUCCAUUCAGGUUGAUCUUCAAUAAAG